AUGUCAUCCACUGCAGCUGAACAUCAUGCGUUGAGUGCAGCUGCGACACAAAUAAAUUCUUCUCCCUCCAUACCUCUCCUCACAUCCUUUCAUCAUCAUCACAACAACACCAAGAUGGAGAGUGAAUUGACCAUCACAGAAUCAUCAUCGUCCUCUCACAUUUCACAAACGAUCAACCAUCCGAAUAUCUCUACACCAACAAUAACUGCAUCGAAUCAUGAUGACUUUACAAUAGGCAGUAUGGAAAACAACAGCUUUGGUCAACAUGUAAUUUCGUUUAACGAUUUAUCAGAAGUGUCAAGCGUGGGAGGGGAGACUGACAGCAUCGAUGAAUUGACAAAUUUGGAAACAUCAACGUUGAAUUUUAGUUCACCCUCUCCUAGACUUUCCGACUCUUCCAUGUCUUUGCUUUUGCAAUUUAAUCAAUAUGGUAUUAUAAAACAGUAUAAUCGACUCGAAUGCAUUUCACAUCGAGUAUUACCCAUGCCAUGUCACUUUUCAAAAUGUAAAAUUAUGAAAAGAGAUCCCUCUGGAGGUUGUGCAGUUUUCAUUGUACGAUAUCGUGAAAGUUUAGAUGAUGAUCAUGAGUUUGCAAAAAGAGAAAUUGAUUUGGAUGUCAAAGAUUUAUUUGAUUCAACACAAAAUGACUAUUAUGACACAACCUCUGGAAAAGUGAUUAUUAACAGACAACAACAAAAUACUAUUCAAAGAAAAGAUCUUGUUGAAGAUUUAUCGAAUUGGAUUGAACGUACAAAUCCUCUCUAUGAACAAGACAAUAUUGAUGCAUGUUUUAUGAAUCCCUUAUUUUACGAGAAACAACCUUUGACUCCUCAACAAGUCAUGUUUUAUCAUACAUGUCACUAUGAAGAAGGUGGUGAGAAUAGUAGUGAACAUGAUACGAGUGGUGAUGAACAAUGUUGUUUGAAUGACGAACAUGUCUCGUCCUUGGAAAAUCCUCUCUCUAUGAAUAGAAAUCCAUAUAUGAAACAUUUAGAGAGUGUGACUCCAAAUGAAGAAUGGAUUGAAAUUGUGAAUCCUAUUAGCUUGUAUGGACUUGUACGAACAGAAGCUGCAGAUCGAGCAUUUGGACGAGUGUUAAAAACAAAAAUUUCCAAAUUAAGAAGUAGCUCUGUCAUUUUCACAGCCAAUGCUACUCCUUCUGCACAAAAAAGAAAAGACACUUUGUCAAAGAAACGGAAAAGUAUAGCUAGAAAACAAUCGAAUAGAUCUAGUGGAAGUAUUUCAUCAGAUAGUGUGAACAAUGCAAUAUCGAUACAAACAAGUAAUGAAUGGCAACAAUCUCUACUGCACGAGGAAUUCAACAUUCACGUUUCACUCGAAACAGAAUAUGAAGAAUUUUGUAAUCCUCUUUUUGAACAUGAAACUCAUAAUGUGCUGUUACCUGAUGGUUUCAAACACUCUGAUUUAAUUUCCUUUAUGAAUCAAAUGAAAACAGAAUGUCCUCCCACGACCAACAAAUUGAUUUAUAAUCGAUGUAACAUUUAUGAAAAGCCUGAUAUUUCUGAUGUUCGAUCGAGACUGAAUAGAAUACUCUCCAUAAGACAUCAACGCACAGUUUCGAGUAGUGGCAGUAACACCGGAUCCAAGUCAGAUCUUUUUGAUCGAGAAUCUCGACAGGAUUCCUUUAAUCGAAGAUUUUCUGAAUACUCUCUAGAUGAUCGAAGAGACGAAGAUAUUGGAUCAAUUAUCAACGUGGAAAAGCAAAAACUCACAGUUUAUGGUUCACAGCUUUUUGAUUACAUUUCAAAAAAGGCUCAAUUGUAUUUCACACCAGCAGACGUUCACAUGUUUUUGAAUUACCUGAUUGAUACACAGAGAAGAUCAUGUGACGGUGUGAAUAGAGAUCUCACGAGCAAUAUCGUACUACUGAAUCCAGUUCCCUAUGACCCACAACAACUUAUUGAAUUUUCUCCACAAAAUAUCUAUCGUUAUAGCGAUGACGAUAAUCCAGUGUUUUACAAUGAUCAAAUUAUUAACAUCAUUCCACUGAAAAAGACCAAUUCGAUGAUCUCAGAACAUGAAUUAAUGUCAAAACUUUUUCACAAGGGAGCUGUUCCUAAAGAUGCAACCUACUCGACCGAAUUUUCUGAAGGAUCUGUGUUUUUAUUGGACUUUCCAAAUUACACAAUCAAGUUGCUUAUUGCAUUGGAAAAUCUAAUGACCUUAAUUCAAAAAGAUUACAUCAUUUUGACAGAGAAAGUUAUUGAUUACAAUACGUAUUUACAAUCAGAACAUUUUAAAUUAACUGUAAAAUAUACAAGCUUACUACGACACUUUGAUCCUUUAAAGCUAGAUCAGAACCAGAAGAAGACAUUUUUCAUUAAUCUCCAUAAUUUAAUGUUGAUGCAUUCCUUUUGCUCGAAACGAUAUUUACCAACUGAAGAAGAAUGUAUGAAGUUUUUGAAUCAACCCAAUUACUUGGUUGGACGAUACAAACUCAGUAUGAAUGACAUUUCACAAUACAUUCUGAGAAAUGAACCAUUACCGGAAUGGAAGUUUUAUUUGAAUGAAUAUCGAGUGAACUUUUUAGAGGAUCAACAUUCGAUAGAUUCAAAAUCUCAACGUUUCGAUCCCAGGAUUCAUUUUGUUUUGUGUGACGGUAAAAGAGGAAGUCCUUUACCUGUUGCUGUUGAUCAGAUUAAUUACGAAAGAAUAAUUGACCAAGCUGUACGACGAUUUGUGAACGAUGACAUUAAUAUUACCAAUGAUACCAUUGAAAUGUCAGAUCUUUUCAGAAAAUAUCGAUCUGACUUUUCUCCACACAACUCGUCUCUUUUUGGAGUCUUGAAUUUCAUUUACAAAUUUUUGAGAAAAAACAAACAACAAGAAUUCAUAGAGUUGUUGAACCAAUCCAACAUUUCGGAAGAACAAGUAGAAACGUAUGCAACUAUUACUCAUCAACAAGAAUAUCAAUUUCCUCCUCUUCAAUUUCAAAUCAUUUACAAACCCAUUGACUACACAUCCAAUUGCAGAAUAUUCGGUGAUUUUAUUGACAGUGAAAACUCCAAGCCCAUUACCUUUGAUGAAAUUUUACGAAAUCAAUCGUACAGAUCUUACUUUAGAGCAUAUGCAGAAAUUGAAUGCAGUACUGAAAAUAUUGAAUUUUACGAACAUGUAGAAAAGUACAAAACCAUUACAGACGUUGAAGAACGAUGGAAAUUUGCAAAGAAAAUAUUUGACAAAUUCCUCGUCACAGAUUCCCCUUCAGAAGUCAAUGUGAACAAGAAGUUAAUUUCCACAGCACGUCGACAAAUCUUUAGAACCAAAGAUGAACAAGACACUUUUGUGAAAUUACCUCUGGAUUUAUUUGAUCGACUCAAUAAGGAAGUUGAAAUGGUGUUAUUUGAUACAUUUUGUCGAUUCACCAACACAGAUUCUUAUCAACAAUUAGUGAUCAAUUCGAGACGAGAACGUAAAACUCUAUUGUCAUCAGCUGUGCUCAUUAGUAGAACGAACAGACACUCAGAUGCUACUGCUGCUGGUGCUACUACUAAUACUACUAAUACGAAUAGUAGUAAUAGUAACAGUGCUUUGGAUUCACUCUUGAUGACCACCAGCAUCAGCACCACUCUCAAUAACACUUAUUCCAUCCAUUCCAAUCAUAGUCCUACCACUACUACCACUUCAGGAACAUCCUCUCCUAAUUCCUCCUUUGACUCUGGCUCAUAUUCUCCAACGACAGCCUUUUCAACAUCCUUUCAAACAUCAUCACACCAUCAUCGACAUUCGAGUUCUUCCACUGGUCCUCCAAUCACUGAACGUAGAGUCUCUAAAAUCAGUUUAUUAGCUGCCUUAUUUGAAGGUUCAAAUACACCCAAUCAUUCAUCAUCCUUAGUAGCAGCAGCAGCACCAGUGAAUACUGUUUCGAGUCCAACCAGUAGUACUUCUCCACGAGUGGCUAUGACUCUCUCACCUCGCUUGCAAAACCUCGUGGAAAUAUUUGAAGAACAAAGUAGUAGUAGUACUAGUAUGACCAGUCAUCAUGAUGGAAUUGGAACACCACCCAAACGAAAAUUAUCUACAAGUAAUACGAGUGAUUUAUUAUUGUCAAAGAAUAAACAAUAA